UAAUGAUAUAAUUAAUUAAGGGAUUAAUUAAUUAACACGUCUAUGAGGCUUCAACCGCCUUUUAAUGGGAAGUUGGGGCUUAAUUACCCCACUGCUCAUUAAUUACACCUCCAACUCCUCCAGGAGAAGUUCAGUUAAUUAACGAGGGUCCUAAUUGAUUAAUUAAAGGGUUAAUUAAGCUGUUUGUGAGACUUUUAACCCCUUAAUGCAUCCAUUUCUUUGCCUUAGGCUGCACUAAUACCCCCAGGUUCAUUAAUUGCCCUUGGCAAGGGUUAAUUACCCCCAGAGUCAGUUUAGUCAAUUAACGAGGGUCCUAAUUAAUUAACUAGAGGGUUAAUUAACCCACCCACAAGGGCUUUAACCCUUUCCAAACCCCUUUUUUCCACCCCUUUUCAUGGAAAAUUUGGGGUUAAUUACUCCCACGUUCAUUAAUUAUCCUUCUGGGAGGAGCUGAGUUAAUUAAUGAGGCUCCCAAUUGCUUAAUUAGGGGUUAAUUAGCUCCGCCAUGGGGGAGCUGAGCGACCUGGACCGGCAGAUCGAGCAGCUGCGUCGCUGCGAGCUCAUCAAGGAAAGCGAGGUCAAGGCCCUGUGCGCCAAGGCCCGGGAGAUUUUGGUGGAGGAGAGCAACGUGCAGAGGGUGGAUUCACCUGUGACUGUGUGCGGAGACAUCCAUGGGCAGUUCUACGACCUCAAGGAGCUCUUCAGGGUGGGAGGGGACGUACCUGAGACCAAUUACCUGUUCAUGGGCGAUUUCGUCGACCGUGGCUUCUACAGUGUAGAGACCUUCCUGCUACUGCUGGCCCUAAAGGUGAGGUACCCGGACCGGAUCACGCUGAUCCGGGGUAACCACGAGUCGCGGCAGAUCACGCAGGUGUACGGUUUCUACGACGAGUGCCUGCGCAAGUACGGCUCGGUCACCGUGUGGCGCUACUGCACCGAGAUCUUCGACUACCUGAGCCUGUCGGCCAUCAUCGACGGCAAGAUUUUCUGCGUGCACGGGGGGCUCUCGCCGUCAAUCCAGACCCUGGACCAGAUCCGCACCAUCGACCGCAAGCAGGAGGUGCCGCACGACGGCCCCAUGUGCGACCUGCUCUGGUCCGACCCCGAAGACACCACCGGCUGGGGCGUGUCCCCGCGCGGCGCGGGUUACCUGUUCGGCUCGGACGUGGUGGCGCAGUUCAACGCGGCCAACGAGGUGUCCAUGAUCUGCCGCGCCCACCAGCUCGUCAUGGAGGGCUACAAGUGGCACUUCGGGGAGACCGUGCUCACCGUCUGGUCGGCCCCCAAUUACUGCUACCGGUGCGGGAACGUGGCGGCCAUCUUGGAGCUGGACGAGCACCUGCAGAAGGAGUUCAUCAUCUUUGAGGCGGCGCCGCAGGAGACGCGCGGCAUCCCCGCCAAGAAACCCGUGGCCGACUACUUCCUGUGACACACCUGGGCACACCUGGGCACGCCUGGGGGUACCUGGGCACACCUGGGUGCACCUGGGAUAGACCAUGACACACCUGCGUGCACCUGGGUAUGGCCAAGGUGUAUCUGGGGAUACCUGUGGCACGCCUGGACACGCCUGGGACGCACCUGGGGACACCUGGGCAAAUCUGGGGGUAUCCAGGAUAAAGCCAGGGGUACCUGGGCACACCUGGGUAUGGCAGGGGUACACCUGGGACACACCUGGGAGCUUGUGAGGUCACCUUGGGGGUAUCCAGGACACACCUGGGCAUGGCAGGGGUACACCUGGGACACACCUGGGAGCUCGUGAGGUCACCUUGGGGGUACCCAGGACACACCUGGGCACACCUGGGGGUACCUGGGCACACCUGGGACACACCUAGGCUCAAACCUCUGCUCACCUGGGACGUGGGGGAGGCCUGGGGACCCCCAGGUGACUUUUGGGGACCUUCCCCUGCCCCCACUGGGUCCCCUACCCUCCCCACGCGCAUUUUGGGGCGAAAAUGGGGAAUUUUUUUUUUUGUGUUUCUGCUCCGUUUUGCCUCCGUUUGGAUAAAAAAAAGCUCAAAAA